GCAUGCCAUGCUCAGGGUUGCAUGUUCUUCAGCCUCCAUGAUCCUGCCAACGGAGAGGAGGAGAAAUGGGGUCGGCCGACAGGAACCAGCAGCAUGCAUGCUUCUUAAAAGCAGGAACAGACCCCUCACCAGCCUACGAUCACCUCCCUACCUCAAUUCCGUUGCAAGUUGUUCCCUCUUCAACAUACAAACUACUUACCCCGCCUCUACAAGACCUACGAACUCUCCAUCAUGAAACUCCCCACCACAACCCUCCUCUUCGCCCUAACCACCCUAACCGCAGCGACCCCACUCACCACCACCACCCUAAAUCUCCCCCACCUCCAACCCCGCGACACCACCCCCUUCACCACAGGCCUAACCACCAUAACCGCCGCGGCCAGCGCCCUGGACGCCCAGAUCCAGACCUACCCCGGCGGCGACGACAUCUCCAACAUCACCGCCGGCGCGGCGACGCUCAUCACCGCCCUCCUGGCCGAGACGAAAACCAUCCAGCCGGACUUGCUGAACGCCACCGAGGCCACCGCCCUCCUCCCACCCCUCGCGACCCUGGCCGCGCAGAUCUCCGUGGUCGUGGCCGACUACAUCGGCAUCCACGCCGCCAUCGCCGCCACCGCCGCCUCCAGCGACGGCGGCUGGUACAUCUACUCGCAGCUGCAGGAGGAGCACACCGCCGCGCUGACGUAUACGGGCAGUGUGGUGGCGCGGAUCCCGGCGGGCGCGGUCAAAGACGCGGCGGCGGCGUGGGCAGGGAACAUUACGGAUGCGUUGCUGGAGGGAAGGGAUGCGUAUAAGGAUAUUGCGGUGAGGCCGACGGGGUAUUGAUUGGGGUGGUUGGGGUGGUUGUUGGGGGAAAUGUGCUUUGUUUCUGGUUGUGAGGUGAGGGAUUGGGGGCACGGAAGGGUGAGUUGAGUGGGUUCUAUUGCUUUUGUUGAUGAGAAAAG